AUGCAAGCAAUUGAACAAAACAUCGGUUUGGUCCUUCCAUCAGAUUUCAGCACCGUCGCAUAUGGCUGGUCCUAUCCCUCGUCAGCUUCUUCUGAUCAAGGCCCAAUGGAAAUCUUGGAUCUUUUCUUCGACUCAGCUGAGAGUUCGCCAGUGCUUCAUUCAAGCGAACCCCUAAAGGAAAGCAACUCUCAGCAGUCCCAAUCUAGUAAUCUUUAUGGCAACACGUUCAUGGAUCCCUCGGGCGUUAGUUUCUCAGUCGACUAUGCGAGCAGCGGACAGUCAGAUGACUUCGGCACAAAAGACGCCACCGCAAUCGAUUUUACAGAGUUGCCUCUACAGUCAAAUUUUACUCACACAAAGAUGAUGGAUCGAAAGCAUCGACGGCGUGAGCAAAACCGCAAAGCCCAAAGCAAUUUCCGACAAAAGCGAAAAGAAGAACUCCGCCGUCUCGAGCAGGAAGUUGAAGAACUCAGGGCUCAAAUCGCCAGAUAUCACAAACAGGGUCCCAUGGCCGGUCUGACCAUCUGCACCAGAUGCCGCAACUUCUACUCGGCCUCAACGGAAGCCGGUGAUGCCUCAAUCGACGACCUCCGGGGUCUUCAGCUCAACUAG